AUGAGAAAUUACAUAGUAGGAAUGUUUAGCAUUGAAAAAGAUCUCAAGAUAUCAAUAAAGUUUGACAAACAAAAUGAAAAAAGAAAGUUCCUGGAUCAUGUUACAGGAUUGUUUAAACAAGAUCUUGAAGCUGUUUUUGUGUUCAUGUCACUUUAUGGUUUGAAACUUUCUGGUUUUGGAUUUGGAAAGAAGAAAAAAAAUGGAGGAGGUGAUCCAAUAGAUUAA